AUGUUCGCUGAUAGCCAUUUAGGUGGAUGUACAUCAACAAAAAGAAAUAGAGGUGAUUACGAGACGUUGUGGGGCUCGCAGAGCCGAGCGCAAGUUCGCUUCGUAGAAGAGCUUGUCGAGUCGUACUUCCUUAGACCUUCUAGGAUAGAAUCUGAGCAGGCUAAGAGGAAAGGUCUUGGCUCUUGCAAUUUGGAUGAAGUUUCACCCUCGCUAGCGAAGCAGGUUGGUGCCGUUGUUCAUCGCUAUCAGUUGUUGAACAGCAAAUACGUACCGUCUUCUUUCGCUCAUUCUAAUGUUCCUCUGCAGGCCCCGAAACGUCCAUUCAUAGCUGCCGUAUUAGCCAUUGUGGCACGAGCAUGUGUGUUUGAGAAUAGCGGUGUACACAUCUCAGUGACCGCCUUCGAUAGAUGGUUUGAGGCGAAUAGUUGCGGACGAUUUUUAAUAUCAAAGGUUUGGUUAGACGCGAAGAUGUAUGUAGCAAGGUGCGUGGCUAGAAGAGACAGGAUAGCACUUUUUGGUCAAGAAGUGAUAGGAUAUCAAUUUAUUCAUUCUGGAAGGCUGCGCUCUUUAGACGAGAGGAUUUUUUGGAUGAUACAUGUUAGCAUUGGGUGCGGCGACUUAUCGCUGCACGACCAUGCUGUGGUCGAACAUUUUAAGUGGCAAAACAUUCCUGAGACAGACUCUUGGUUUAGGAUAUCAAAAGAAUCUCAUAUAUGGAGUAUUUGGAGCACGACCGUAUUUUCUUUGGAUAUUUUUUCCGAUACAUCGGCGGAAGAUAAAACAAAAACUUCAGAGGCACUACUCGGUGAGGGAGUUAAACGCGGUAUUCAACUUGUCGCGCUUGUAAUUGGCUUUCUCCGUUCUGAACGCAUUGAUAAAUGUGAUCACUCUUAUCGCACUAUGCAGGUUCUUUUUUCGGGUACUGCUGGCGAGUUGGCCGCCGUAAGCGUAUUUUUGGGAAUGAAGAGAGCCGUCAAAAUAUACUUUUCAGGCAAACCGUUCAACAAAAAAUACAUUCUCAAGUCAACGGAGAUUAUGUCCAGGCUGUUCCAGCAGCUUGUUUUAUAUUAUACGUUCUUAGUUCCCACUAACCGGCACUAUUGUUUAUUGGAUGCUUGUGAGGCCCUGUGGCAAAACUCCCGCGGCAGAGGUUUACAGGAAGUUUCCAAGGAAUCUGCGGUGUCGGUACGACGCGAAAAUUCUUUUAAUGUGUUUCAAGAGGAUGUGUUCGUUGGUUGCCUAGAGGGAGCCUGUAUUUACCGACCGUUCCGAGAUCAUACGCUGACCCCACCUAUGUCACGUUGUAACUUAAAUAUAAUUGGUUCCUCGAGUGGGUUGGAGUUAUUUUUACGAAGCAUUGAAUUGCAACGCGGCAUAAAUAGCGAAAGUACGAGUCAAUGUUGUGAAAACGUUUAUAAGCGAAAUCUGCUGGUUGAGGUAUUUAGUACACGGACUGUGGACACAUCCAUUGAAGAUAUAAAUCUGUGCACAUCGUGGUGUCUUCUUAACCUUCCACCCGACACAGAAGAUGAAACACAUUUUGUGAAUCAGUUUGUUAGAGACACGCCUGAUUCUGUGUCGAAGAAGUUGGUUAUUGACACUGUAGUUGCAUUAACGGAAGAAGAUGUAGCUUAG